UCUCUCCAAACAAACUACCCAAUCCAUCCUCUCUGCCCCCCUACUCUAAAAUGUCCGUCUCCAUCUUCCUCCUAUGGCUUGUCAGCAUCCCCUUCAUCAUCGUCCACGCCAUCCCUGAAGCAAGAGGUUUCCUCCUAAACUGCGGUGCGACGGUUGAUAUAGAAGAAGGUAGCCUGAAGUACAUCACCGACGAGGGUUUCAUAUCGGUCGGAAACCGAUCAGGCGUCAGACAAACCGAUCUACUACCAAUACUAACCACAUUAAGGUACUUUCCAGACACUUCUGCUCGGAAAUAUUGCUACGUUUUUCCGGUGAUCAAAGGAGGGAAGUUUCUCGUAAGAACAACCUAUUUCUAUGGAAGCUUCGACGGAGGAAAGGAACCGCCGGUGUUCGAUCAGAUCAUCGACGGCACGAUAUGGAGCACCGUCAAUACGACUGCGGAUUUCGCCGAGGGUUUGAGCUCGUACUUUGAGAUAAUUGUUACGGCUCAUGCGAAGACGUUGAGCGUGUGCCUUGCGAGGAAUGAGCACACGGUCUCGAGUCCGUUUAUUUCGGCUCUUGAAUUGCAGUUUCUUGAUGGUUCACUCUAUAAUGCUACUGAUUUUGGGAAUUAUGCAUUGUCUACUGUUGCUCGCCAUAGAUUUGGGACUGGUGGAGAUAUCCUUAGUUUUCCAGAUGACCAGUUCAAUCGAUUUUGGCAACCAUUCAUCGACAACAACCCUGUGGUAACAAGCCACUCCAAUGUCACUCCUUCAGAAUUUUGGAACAUUCCACCAAAGCAAGCCUUCACAACAGCAAUCACAACAAGCAGAGGAAAAAGUCUCACAGUCAGGUGGCCACCAUUUCCACUCCCGAGCAGCUAUUACUACAUUGUGCUUUACUUCCAAGACAACCGGACUCCUAGCCCAUAUAGCUGGAGAGUUUUCAAUGUCAGUGUGAAUGAUGAAAGCUUCUACACCAACCUCAAUGUCACCAGCAGUGGUGUGACUGUUUAUGGCGCGGCAUGGCCUCUUUCUGGGCAGACUGAGAUUGUGAUGACUCCCCCGACUGAUAUGCCGGUUGGGCCAGUGAUCAAUGCAGGGGAGGUGUUUCUGAUUCUGCCUCUUGAAGGAAGGACUCUCACUAAUGAUGUGAUGGUAAUGGAAGAUUUGGCAAGAAGCUUCGACAACCCACCUCAGGAUUGGUAUGGAGAUCCAUGCCUACCUAAACAGAACUCGUGGACUGGAGUUACAUGUUCCGAAGGAAAGAGAAACCGGGUUGUCUCUCUGAAUUUAACAAGCUUCAAAAUGUCCGGGUCGCUGUCUGGAAGCAUAACUAAGUUAACUGCUCUUACCAAUCUUUGGCUAGGAGAUAAUAAACUCUCGGGACCAAUUCCAGACCUGAGCCCUUUGAAGGCUCUGCAAACUCUGCAUUUGCAGAACAACCAAUUCGAGGGACCGAUCCCAAAAUCAUUGGGCCAACUUCCAAAACUUCAUGAAAUAUUCCUCCAAAAUAACAAACUCAAUGGUAGCAUUCCAGUGACUCUGAUGAACAGAAAUGGCAUAAACAUUCAGGUUUCUCCUGGAAAUUUUCUGUUGAAGUGACAAUGGAAGUUCUACUGUGCCAUUUCAGGAUGUGAUUGGGAAGUUUUUGGACCACAUAUACCAGAAUGAUGAGGGGGUUGCCAUGGGGCAAUGGAGAGAAAGAGAGAGUACUUCAGCUGUUGGAAAGAGGCUAUGUUCCACAUGUUUAUACUUCUUUUCUUAUAAUUUUUAGCCAAAAAAAAAGUUCCUUAACUGAUCUUAACUCCAGUUGUUCUUUUAGACUGCACUGGCCUUCCUUUAAUCCAAAGACCAGCCUUAACUGGCUUAAGUAAGAGUUGGAGAUUAUCUCACAGGACUAUGUAAAUAACAGCACAUUCUAGCAUGAAUAUUGAAUCACUAUCGAAUAGGA